AUGGCAACCAAGGUGGGACUCGAACCCACAACCUUCAGAUUAGAAGUCUGCUGCGCUACCAUUGCGCCACUCGGCUUAUCCAAUAGCUUUUAAUUACAUCUUGAUAAUAUAGUUGGGAACUUAAAAAAUAUUUUGUACUUAAAAAUAGAAGUUAUUUAUGAAAGGUCAUACUAUAUAGACUGA